AUGAUGAAGCGGGGCAGCGUGGUUUUGGGACCCAAGCCGACCAAGGCAUGUGUCAACUGCCGGAGACUCAAGAUGAAAUGUGAGGUCUCAGGGCCUCCUCCAUGUCGUCGUUGCCGACACAAUCAGACACCCUGUAUCUUCAAACCCCGGGCUAAUGCAUCCGCGUUGCAUGAAUUGGUUGAAGAAGCUCAAACUGAACUUCUCGCGUCUCGGUCAUCGACAUAUGACCAGCAGUCUGUUCUUGACCGGCUAGAUCGAAUUGAGGCCGCACUAGGAAUCAGCCAGGAUGCACCGCCGAGUGUCUCGGUAGCCGAGAGUUUGGACCUGGAUGAGGAACCAGAUUCAGUGCCCUUGCAGGAUGUCUGGAAAUCAGUAGCUCACCUAAGGUCUAUAACUCGUCCGGCGCCCGAUGAAAACAUCUGGUCUAGGCCAAUUGUGAAACGCCUUUGGAGCUCAUUUCUAAAUAAUCUGCCACUUCUUCACUUUUUGAAAGACCGAGAUGUAUUUGCUUCACCUACACCAUUGCUUCUUGGCUCUGUCCUUUAUAUCUCCGCGCUUCACCACCAGCAACCCGAACUGGCAGCUAUGGAAUCAGGCUAUUUUGCAGCCACCUGCAGUGCAAUCACCGAGCUGGUGACGCCGUGCUUAAAGCGGGGCCCCAUUGAUCAACCUGAUUCGUAUAGUGACGAAGAGCCGAUGGAUCCUGUAAAAAGCAAGAAGGAUAAAGUUUUUCAUAAUAUCCUAGGCUUGAUCAUGGCGAGUCUGAGCUCCGAAGCAUAUAUCGACGCAACUGGCUCAUGGAUUGCAAUCGCAUAUCGACUCUGGCUAGAUCAUUGUCCCUCGGAAAUGGAUCCUUCGAUUUCCGAUUGGCGGGGAUUGUUCUGUGGUCUCCAGGUCAUUGAUAUUGAGCAUGCGUCUAUGCAUAUGACACAUCCCCUACUACCUCGCCAGCCUCCCACAUCAGGUAUCCAGCGGUUGGACACCCAUCAUGGGAACGCCUUCCAAGGUCUCGCUGAUAUGAUGCACUACGGGUUGAGCCAUUUCGUAGGCAAAGGCUUGCCGACUGUCUGGUGCACAAUAAAUGCCGACAUCUCCGCCAAUAUCCCUGGUCCCCAGUCUUCAUUCUCGGAACAUGAUUCUGAUGUUAUUCGACUUUGGGCACGCAAGCUGGAUGACUGGCUUGUGCGAUAUAAUGGAACUUCCCAGCCCAGUCCGUCAGAUCGACAAGGGAUCCUGAUCCUGUUACAAUAUCAUUUGCACAAGCUGUUUGUGCUAUCAAUAUACCACCCUGCUCGAGGAUUCGAUUUGAGCUCCGCAAAGAUUACUCCUGUCGAGAGGCAUGAGCUGCUUGUCUCAGCAAGGGCAGUGCUCAGACUACGGCAGGAUGAUGCUAGCAUUUGGUCCAAUUGGGACUUGAUCAUGAUAACAUGGGCUGCCAUGCUACUCCUUCGUGGUGUCGAAGAUGGCAUGACACAUCAAGACGACCUCCAUCUUAUCCAAGCACACCUUCGCAGUCUAGAACGAAGUCACCAAUCAGCAGCCAGCAUUCACACCGUUCUAUCCCAACGCCUCGAAUCAAGUAUGCAAGCAAUGCAUACACCCCCAGAUACAAGCUCAGCAUUAGCAUUUCCUGGCCCAAUGGUCGACGACUCAUGGACGAUUUUCGAUCAAGAAAUCAUGUCCCUAGCUAAUCCACCUUGGCUGUUCCAAGAUCCGACGCCUUUCCCGCCAACACAGAAAUCUGCAAAUUCCGCAGUUCCGGAUGUCCAGGCCAGCUUGCCAUACGACUCUGGUCUUUUGGCUCACAAUGCACAGCAAUUCUCGGCGAAUAACCAGUGGAGUGGCUCAGAGCAAUUGCAGGGCGCAUUGCCAUCUACGUUGAACAGGAUAUUUGGAAAUGAAGUUGCGAAUCAUGGAAAUAGAUUGAUUUAA